UACAAUCCAUAAGUAAUGAGGAAACGUGUGGACGCCGUCCACACGCAAUUCUACCAAUCUCACCCCUCCCAUAUACACAAUCUCGGAUUGAGAGCAGAGAGAAUCGGAUCCGAAACAAGAAAAGCAGAGAGAGAUCGCAGAAUGGGGGAAUGCAGGCCAUUGGGGUUCCUGAUAGGAUUGCCUUUCGCUCUUAUUGCUCUCGUUUUAGCGGCUGUGGGCGCUGUUAUCUGGAUUCUUGGGAGUAUAUUGAGUUGCAUAUGUCCGUGUUGCUUCUGUUGCAGUGCGUUGGCUAAUUUGGCUAUGAAACUGAUACGGCUUCCAGUUAAAAUCAUCAGAUGGUUCACUGAUCAAAUUCCUUGCUAGACUUGACAUAAUCUUCUCGUUUGUUGAUUUUAUAUCGUGUAUUUCCCAUCGUGAUUACUUUAAUAGCUAAUACUGCUUCCGUGUUCUUCAA